UUUCGAAUGGAAUGUUGCGUGGAGAAGACGUUGCAGAUGUGUCUUUUAAUUAACAGAGCUGACGUGUUGCGUGCGGUGUGACAGUUGCAGGUCUCGCGCAGAUCGGCAACCAUGAGCGAAGUUUUUGUGCAGCAUUGCGCAACAAAUCCGUAGGAUGACGACGAAGGAGAGCAAAAUCGAGGUUGUGACAGGUCCCUGCCCGCUCAAGCCGCGGAAGAUCAAUCCGCAGAAUGUGGUGGUGCGCCUACGGCAGAGGGAAACGAUGGGUUGCUCCUUCCCGGGCACGCACGUGCAUUGUGCCCGGCAAUUCUAUCAAAAUGUCUUUCCUAACUUUACUGUGAUGAACGUGGAGAAACCACCGUGUUUUCUCCGUAAGUUUAGCCCCGACGGGAAGUACUUAGUGGCGUUCAGCGCGGACCAAACGUCUAUCGAGGUGUAUGAAUAUUACGGCGCCUCCGCUGCCGCGGACUUGUUGGCCGACUGCGAAGGCGAAUAUAUCGGCCACAAGAACGACGAUUGCAGUUUUUUUAUACGCAGCAAUAUUUUCUCGCGGUUUUUUAAGGUAAAGUGGAUUAUAAACGUGGUGCAAAGCAAUGAGCAACUGAACAGAGAAUGUAGCCUCUUCACCGACGACGCUCGGUACGUGAUUGUGGGCUCAGCUGCUCAUAUCCCUGAUGAAUUGAGGCCACACUUUUACCAGAUUUAUUCCAAUAAUGAGGCAUUGACACCAAAUCCUAGAUCGCCACUUGAGGAUUACAGUUUGCAUCUUGUCGAUCUACGAAGCGGAAAGUUGUGCGACACUAGACAUUUUAAAGUUGACAAAAUUUACUUGUCGCAUAAUCAAGGUUUAUAUUUAUACAAGGAUAUACUAGCAGUCUUGUCUGUACAGCAUCAAAUGAUACAUAUAUUUCAAUUGCUCGACGGCAUGUUCAUAAAUGUCAGAACAAUAGGAAGGUUUUGUAUGGAAGACGACGCGUAUUUAGUUACGAGCGCUUUUCCUGGAACUAAUUACAGACCGUUUAAAGACAUUGCAGUAAACAGCCUGAAACACAGAUUAUUAGUAUACUUAUAUAAAAGAGCAGAUUACAUAAGCUAUGUAACGAAGGACCCGUAUGAAUUGAGGAGAUUCUAUCAAUAUUUUGACCAAUUAAAUGCAUUACGAAUGUGGAAAAUGCAGCUGUUAGAUACAAACCAUAUCCUAGUGAGAUACGCUAGCGAAGAAGUGGCGACGUUGCAGGCGAACGAACCAAGUGCGCAGCCAGCGUUAUUAGUGGUCUAUGACAUGGUCAAGGCAAAGAUCUUGGCGGCGUACGACAAUGCGUCGACCGAGCUGUUGACACAGUUCGAGAACUUCAGCGAUUUUUUUAGAAAUGCUAGAAUGAGUACCGAUUGUCAGUACAUGUGUUCGCCAUCUAACAAUAUAUACGCCCGAUUGUUGCAACAGAGAUUUAAGCAAACAAUAAUCAGCGCUAGGUACGGGGGAAUUACUGAAGCUACGAAAAGAUUACUCGCUCAAUUGCCGAUAUGCGCUCAAUCUUAUUCCAGUUCACCGUACCUCGACUUGUCGUUGUUCUGUUACGACGACAAAUGGGUGUCCAUGAUGGAACGCCCUAAAGCAUGCGGAGAGUAUCCGAUUCGUUUUUACGCACGCGAUUCCGGCUUGUUAAAAUUUAAAAUGUACGCUGGCAUGCUAGGGCGAGCAGCACCGACGGCCGCCAGGCGAUUAGUUGCAUUCACUUUUCAUCCUACAGAUCCGUUUGCGAUUUCGGUACAACGUACCAACGCAGAGUAUAUCGUCAGUUUUCACGUUAGGCAUGUUUAAAUUUUUCCUUACGUGUAAAUAUUGAUAGUGUAUAAAAUCAAAUUUCUUAUACUUUACUAAAAUAAUUGUUGCAAUUGCUGCCGCCAAAGUACAAAACGGAUCUUAUAUUUUGGAUAAAAAUGUGUUACGAAAUAAUUAGUUAACUCAAGGAAAAAAAAGAAAGAGAUUAAUUGACUGCUCUAGAAUGUAAAUAUGUAAUUUAAUAUACUUUUAAUACAACCGUAAAUUAAGAAUCGUUGAAGUUAAAAGAAGAAUGC